AUGGGGAAAGAAAAAAACAAGAAAUCAGAGAAAAAAAAAGAUAAAACAGACUCAUCAGGAUCAGUCCAUAUAAAAGGAGUAAAUUUCUAUCAUGAUGCACAGAAAGUUAAACGUAUCAAGCUUUUGAAAAGUGGAAAACCAGUGCGAAACAGGACAGGAAAGAUCAUUAAACACGCAGAUUUUCAGUCUAAAGAUGUACCUAAUGCACGAGUUCAGCCGGAUAGGCGCUGGUUUAAUAGUACUCGUGUAAUCUCUCAAAAUGCGUUGGAUUUAUUUCGUCAAUCUUUUUCACAAAAAUUGAAUGAUCCUUACCAAGUUUUACUUAAGCAAAAGAAGCUGCCUGUAUCCCUUCUUUCUGAACCUGCAAAGACAUCUAAAACUCAUAUUAUUGAUAUGGAGCCAUUUGAUGAUACUUUUGGUCCAAAAGCAAAAAGAAAACGUUCAAAGCUUUCAGUUUUUUCUAUAGAAAAUCUUGCGGAAUCAGCUUCUCAAUCUUAUGAAGAUUUUAUUAAAAAAGAAUCAUCUGAGCCCAAAAUCUUUGAUAAUUAUAUGCAAGAACCACAUGAUGCUGUUUUUUCAAAAGGAAAAUCUAAAAGAAUAUGGAACGAACUUUAUAAAGUAAUCGACUCAUCUGAUGUAGUAGUACAAUUAUUAGAUGCCCGUAAUCCAUUAGGUACUAGAUGUAAGCAUGUUGAGCAAUAUCUUCGAAAAGAAAAACCUCAUAAGCAUAUGAUUUUCCUUCUAAACAAAUGUGAUUUAAUUCCAACUUGGUGUACGGUAAGUAAACCAUGUUCUUUACUUAUAAUUAUCUACCCACUGUUAAGUCAAGAAAGGCAAUGGAUUAAACAAUUGUCGAAAGAAUAUCCUACUUUAGCAUUUCAUGCAUCAAUAAACAACCCAUUUGGAAAAGGGAGUCUUAUUCAGUUGUUACGUCAAUUUUCUGCAUUGCAUUCUGAUAAACGCCAAAUCUCAGUAGGAUUUAUUGGUUAUCCUAACACAGGAAAAUCUUCUAAAGUCUGUAAUGUUGCUCCUAUUCCUGGAGAAACUAAAGUAUGGCAAUAUAUUCGUAUGACUUCCAAAAUAUUUAUGAUUGAUUGUCCUGGUAUUGUACCACCAAGUGAUAAUGAUAGUGAAACAGAAAUUAUAAUGAAAGGAGCCUUUCGAGUGGAAAAAAUCUCAAAUCCAGAACAACAUAUUUAUGCUAUUUUAGAUCGAUGCGAAACUAAACAUCUUGAAAGAACUUAUGAAAUUUCAGGGUGGGAAAACGAUUCUACAAAAUUCUUAGAACUAUUAGCCCGAAAAACUGGAAAGCUGCUUAAAGGUGGAGAAGCUGAUGAAUCAAGUGUUGCAAAAAUGGUGAUUAAUGAUUUUAUACGGGGAAAAAUUCCAUGGUUUAUGGCGCCUAUUGAAGAUAAUCCAGCAAUUACUAAAUCACCCAAUAUGUUAAUUGAAAAUGAGCUACCAGUUAUAGAAGAACUCAAUAAUACAUCUAUUGACGGAAAAAUUAUUUAA